CAAGAGAAUGCGGCUUGGAUUGGUCAGGGAAGGGAAAGAAGCCAACACCAACUUUCAGGGCGUUCAACUAUAGGCCAGAAAUUUGGUCAAGUUGGCUUUGGUGAAGUUCUCUUUGCUCUUUGUUCGCGAAAGAGCAUCAACGGCGCGAAAGUUAUGGUCGAUGACUCGGCAACGAGGUUGAACGCGUGGCUUUCUUUGUCUUUUUGUAUUGGAGAAUCUCUCGUCGUUUGUCUCGCCCCGGCAGCAGCAACACCAUCAGCGGGAUGGAGGAAAAAGAUGAGGUGGCCUGGUGCAAUCACCCUCCUGAGAUUGAGACAUCCACUGAUCGCUGGCUCAACCGGCGAAACACAAGUCGCGCUGCCGGCUGCCGCUACGGUGUGUCAAUUUGCACGGCAUGGCGGAUGGGGACGAAUGCGAUUAAAGUGCUUCGAUAUGGCUCCAGUCCAACCUUGGCUCUCCCCUUUUUUUGUUAGUAUCGCUUGCCGAAUCCCACUGGAGUCUGGCAGAGAUGUCUGGGCAGAAAAGAAAGAAGUCCGUCAUACCAACCAUGAAUCCAUCAUCCAUGCCACCUGUGACCACAACAGUCCCGCCCAUCCCGCGCGACCUGAGUCUUGUGUGAUGGAUUGAUUGCCGGGUGCCGGAGCCAGCAGCCAGGUCUUGAUUCCCAUCCAAUCCUCUUGUCAACAAUGGGUGGAGGGACUCAGGGAGGACCGGUGGGCGACAUUUGCGUCCCUCUUUUAGAGAUUAGGCGGACGGUGGCCACUUUCUCACGUAACUGGCGAUCUACAUCCAACUCGGAGGAUGAGCGGGUUCGUCAGUUUGUGACUUGGUUGGCUGGCUUGUUGCUGCGUGUCUCCUUUUGCGUGUUGCAAAUGCAAUGUGCAUGCGGCGACGUACGCGGUUUAUCUGCAGAUAUUCGCGGGACCCCGUUGAGAUACAUUUGGGACCAAAGUACCUUACAGACAGAGAAAGAGCCCAAGGUACCUACCUACCUUACGGCUAACGUGCUUUCCUUCGUCGCAGUGAAGGAACUUAGGAAAGAGAGCAGGCGGCCGAUUGUAUGUACUCCGUACAUCGUUCCUCCUUAUCCAAUUUAA